CAUAUGUAUGUAUAUGUAUUAGGGAUAUGAAUUUUAAUUGAUUAACAAGAAACCCUUAAUGUAUACAAACGUGAAGCAGAACUUUCUUGUCAUUAUUAUUUGGAAGAAAUGUUAAAUGAAGAAAAUUCUUUGAUAAUUUCGAAAUAAUUUGCUCUAUUAAUGAUAUUUACUUUCAUUAUAACAAAUACAUACAUAGAAUAUUUAUAUACAAUUCCUAAUAAAUAUUUUGCAAUAACAAACAUUAACUUGUACUAGCAAGACCUUGAGGUAUAAAAUUUCGAAAGUGAAUGUUCGAUAAUUAUGACUCAAAAUUUAUUAUAUUACGACAACAGUACCUAUUUUUAAAUGAAAACAAACUGAAAUACUAAAUUUAUAAUGUAAUACUAAUAACAAGAUAAAAAAAUAUUUAGGCAACAUUUGUUUGGAAGUCCCUUCCGUUUUCCAAUAAAAGAUAAUUUUUUUUUUAAUUUUAUCAAUCACAUAAAAUGAUUCCCCCGAUAAAAGGAAAAGAGAUAACAAAAAAAUCUAUAAAAUCUUUAAAGAACAAAACAAAUAAUUUAUUUGUUAAGAAAAAGUCGUGCAAUUAAGAAACAAACGGUUAAAUUGAAAAAUAAUUAAAAAAAUAAUAAAAAUUACGAAAUAUGUUUAUAAAAAUGAAAGUGUUUGUGAUUGUAACUGUCUUCAUAGGUGGCUUAAUAACCCUUAUAAAUGCAGAUACAUUUGAUGAAUGCGAAGAUAUAGAUCCGGAUACAUAUGUUGCCAGUUCGGAAAGUUGUUCGGCUUAUAUACUUUGUAAUGGAGACGAUUCGGAACUGUUUGAAUGUGAUGAGGGGGAGUAUUUUGAUAGUGAAAGUGAAUCAUGUGAUGCUAAAGAAAAUGUUGUUUGUCCUUUGGAUAACAACGAGGGAGAAGAUGGGGAAGGUGAUGGUGACGGAGAUGGUGAACAGCCAGAAGAACCAGUUGUAACGACGGUGGCUCCUACCACUAUAGCUACUACUACAGUGCCACCGGUUACAAUGGCCACGACUCCAGCUGAAAUUUUGGAUAUACCACCAGUUGUUAAGGAUUCAUGUCCUGCCACCGAUGAUCCCAAUCAAAUUGUUUAUAUAUCGAGUAGUGACACAUGUUCUGAUUAUUAUGUUUGUUAUCAUGGUCAUCGCAUUGAAAUGCACUGCACCGAUCAUUUGCACUUUAACACGCUUACGGGAAAAUGUGAUUUUCCAGAAAAUUCAAAUUGCAAGAUCAAUAAUCAACCGCCUUCGGCUACAAAUAAAUGUCUGCCACAUGUCACCGAUUUCUUUCCUCAUCCACAAAAGUGCAAUUAUUUCUUUUAUUGCAUCAAGGGCUAUCAGACGCUACAGCAAUGUCCAUUCUAUUAUGGUUGGGAUAUUGAGAGGCGCACGUGUGUCCAUAUGACACAUGCCAAGUGUUAUGGCAACACGCAUUAGUCAAUGAGUUUUAUUUUUUUAUUAAGAAAAAAAGAAACUCUUACAAAGUCACUUAUUCCAUGGGAGCGUUUCAUUCAUUUUAACAUUAAUAAACAGAGCUUUAAAGGAUUUAUUUUAUUACCAUUGAAUUUUCAGUUUUUAAUUUAAAAUCGAAUAAAUUGAAUUGCAUAUUGACUGGUUUAAGUCGACAAAGUUAAGUUUCAUUCCUUUAAGCUCUGAUUUUUGCUUCAAACACAUUUUCAUCUCAUUGUGCUAUUUUGUAAGUAUUUUAUUUAAAUAAAUAUUAAACAUAACAAAAAUGGAA